UAGAGAGUGGAAAAUUGAGAUUAAAACGAGCACUGAGAGGGAAUACACAUGUACUAAAAAGCACAGUAGCGAAGCAGACAGAGACACAGAGGGAAAAGAGGAGAACAAGGUAGAAAACGAAUCCUCCGUAUGCCAGUUCAUCUCUCUUUCAGCACCAAGGACAGAUCCUCUGAACAGCUGACCCGAACAACGUUCAGUUUAGGGUCGUCCUAAUCCCCUAGGGAAAACGGAUGCAUUGGAAAGCAGCUAUUGAACAUGCAGUAUAGUCUAAGAGGGAAGCUGGAAGAGCAACAUACAAGUAAUUUCAGCUUACAGGCAAAAAUGGGUGAUUUUGUUUCUGUUCAUUUCCAUAGUUUCUGAGUCCUGUGAAAGGCUAAGUUUGCUUUGCUUGGGUAUUUCUGUUGUCAAUAAAUGGCUGCAAGAGCUGAGGUGCUAAACUUCAAUCUCCAGAAAUCAGAGGAAAUCUUCAGGGAAUUCUUCUGGGUCAGAUUGUUCCCUCUGGACUAUGGCACCUCUGAGCCAGUGGAGUGGCUACAUCAACUCCACUUGCGGAGCAGAGAACUCCACGGGUGCCAACCGGGCCCGCCCAUAUGCCUACUAUGCCCUGUCCUACUGUGCGCUCAUCCUAGCCAUCAUCUUCGGGAAUGGCCUGGUGUGUGUGGCUGUACUGAGGGAGCGGGCCUUGCAGACUACCACCAACUACCUCGUAGUGAGCCUGGCUGUGGCAGACUUGCUGGUGGCCACCUUGGUGAUGCCUUGGGUGGUCUACCUGGAGGUGACAGGUGGAAUCUGGAAUUUCAGCCGCAUUUGCUGUGACGUUUUUGUGACCCUGGAUGUCAUGAUGUGUACAGCCAGCAUCCUGAACCUCUGUGCCAUCAGCAUAGACAGGUACACCGCGGUGGUCAUGCCUGUUCACUAUCAACAUGGCACAGGCCAGGGCUCUUGCCGGCGUGUGGCCCUCAUGAUUACAGCUGUGUGGGUACUCGCAUUUACUGUGUCCUGCCCUCUCCUCUUUGGCUUCAACACAACAGGAGACCCCAGCAUCUGUUCCAUCUCCAACCCUGAUUUUGUCAUCUACUCUUCGGUAGUGUCUUUCUAUGUGCCCUUUGGAGUGACUGUCCUCGUCUAUGCCAGGAUCUACAUGGUGCUGAGACAAAGGAGAAGGAAACGGAUCCUCACUCGACAGAACAGUCAAUGCAUCAGCAUCAGGCCUGACUUCCCUCAGCAAUCUUCCUGCCUUCGACUGCACCCUAUCCGACAGUUUUCAGUAAGGACCAGAUUUCCAUCAGAUGCCACAGGAAGAAUGGAACACAUAGGAGAUAAACAAUACCCCCAGAAAUGUGAGAACCCUCCCUUUUCACACCCGCAGCCCCUUUCUCCUGGCCAAGCACACACAGAGCUGAAACGCUACUACAGUAUCUGCCAAGGUACCACCUUGAGGCGACCAAGCUUCCAAGAAGAAGAAGGAGAACUGAAAAGGGAGGAGAGAACUCAAAACUCCCUGAGCCCCACCAUGGCACCCAAGCUCAGUUUAGAAGUUCGAAAACUCAGUAAUGGCAGAUUAUCAACAUCCCUGAAACUGGGUUCCUUACAGCCUCGGGGAGUGCCACUUCGAGAAAAGAAGGCAACCCAGAUGGUGGCCAUUGUACUUGGGGCCUUCAUUGUCUGCUGGAUGCCCUUCUUCUUGACCCACGUUCUUAAUACCCACUGCCAAGCAUGCCACGUGUCCCCAGAGCUUUACAGAGCCACUACAUGGUUGGGCUAUGUGAAUAGUGCCCUCAACCCUGUGAUCUAUACCACCUUCAAUGUAGAGUUCCGCAAAGCCUUCCUCAAGAUCCUGUCUUGCUGAAGGAAGAAAGGAGAACCCACACCAACCUCUAACUGCCAAGCUGUUGAGCCCCCUGGCCAGGGCCUGCUCAGAAAGACUGCAAUGUCCUCUGGCAUGUGGUGCAAAGAUUCCUGGAAACAGGUGUCCCUGCAUGGCAGAUGUGACCAACUUCUUCCUACAAAACAGAAUGUUCUACCUCCCCAACCAGCAUCUGACUUCAUUCUGACAAUCAAAGGGUUGAGAGCCCUUAAAGGAUAAGCAAUAAUUCCGAAAGAAGCUGAUAAAACAUGACUCUUCACAACUCACACACAUACACACACACACACACACACACACACACACACACAUGCACACAAAAUUAUCAUUGGAGGCAUGAUUCAUUAUAGUGAAGGAUAAAUGAACAGAUUUCAUCCUUCUCAACUUGCAAAGGGGUCCUUUAAAUCUCAGCCAGCACACCAUCUUGCAGAACAGCCAGUCUCUCUUCCUUCAGACUUCCAAAUGUCAGCACAACUCACCUGGUACUCUUGUGCACCCAUUCUCUCUGGGUUGCUUUCUUCUUUCAGUGUACCUUGAAAUAUGAAAGGCAAGGCAGUGCUUCUACCUCGCUGUAGAAUCUAAUUGGCUAAGUUGGUGAAGAGAUUCCUUACCCCAACAGAGACACUGUCCCACAUUGGGACCUGUGCUUUUAUUUUCGAGCCUUGCUACCCCUUUAUUUAACUCUGGCUAGGGCUGGGAAUUUAGCUCAGUGGUUCUGGCACCUGCCUUGCAAUUGCAAGGUCCCAGUUUGAUCCCCAGUAUCAAAAAAACUCUCUAUUUUAACUCUGGCUAAGGAGGCCCUUUGAUUCUUCCCUAACUCUCUUAAGGCAAUCUCAAAGUCUUAAUGUCUAGAGUCAUUCAAGAUGCAAAAGUUAAGGAGGAAUGACAAUUGUCAGUGCUCAAAGUUCACCAUUGAACUUUGUGAUUCAGAACAUACCUUAGGUAUGCUUUGCAUAAUACUAGAAGAUUAUCCUAGCCAGGGCAUCUUUAUCUUCUGAUUAACAGAGUACUUUCAGACCCUGAGACUCUCUAAUGAGUGUCAGGCACCUCCUAGCUUCUGAAUAAAUAACAAUGGCUAAGAUAUCUCCUGUCUUCAAGAAGUUUACUGCUUGCUCCUAUGUUUGCUCAUUUGCUAAUCAGUCUAAGGGUGGUAGGGACUCACCCAGACUGCCAGCAGACCUCAGAGCUGAGGGCACCAUGUUUGGUGGCUGUCCAGAGGCAUUACAUGGAUACUUUGUAAAAUCCUGUGAAAAUCCUAAAUAUCACCACUUUAAUGACUAAGAUUAAAAGUAUAACGAAAAUAACUUGUAAAUGCCAUUCACAAUUGUACUUAGAAGGAACUAAAAUAUUCUCACCAUUCACUUCUCUGACAAAAAGCUAUUUUUUAUUGAUUGUAUAAUCAAGAUAAAAUUUGUGGAUAAUUCAUGAAAUGUUUUCAUCCUGAAUGUCAAUUAAUUAUCUUUUAAGAGGUAGUAGUGUAUAGGCACAAUAGAUACAUGUUGCAAUGCUGUUAAAACUUUAAAGUGCACAAGAACUUUACAAGGAAUCCAAGGCCUCUCUUGCCCAGUCUUUAUUCCUCUAACCCUUAAGUUUAGAACAAGGAAACAUAUGUAACACUAGUGAAUUAGUUAUCUGUUACUCCUGAAUGCUUUUAAUUCCAGCAUUUUAAGAAAUUAUUAUCUAUAAUAAUGUUUAUAUUGUAAAUUGGCAGAAAAAUUCAGUCUGCCCCCUAAUACUUGUACCCUGUGGCAUCCAGCUCAAUAGGUUAUGGUGCAGGCAAAGGUGAAUCCUGGAACAAUUAAAAUUUGCAAAAGUAAAGAUUCAUGGCUCCUAGAUUUUUCUAUGCAAAAUAAACAGAAAACAGGUAAGACAGUCGGACAAAAGACUAUAGAAUUAUGUAUCAAAAUCAGAGUUUUGAAGCUAGAAAUAUAAACAACAUAGGUAUUAGUACCUUUAUGAAGAACAGUGAUGGUAAAUAUUUUGUACCCUUUCUUUAAGCAAGUAUUCACCCUUUAUAAAAACUUUAGGCAAGAAAAACUUGUUUUAUAGAUGAAGAAAUUGAGGUAGAAGGAGGUUAAGACACUUGCCCCAGGUCACAUGCAAAGUGACUAAGUGGCAGAACAAGGAUUCACAAGUACAUCCAUCUCAUUCCCCUACCAUGCUAUCAGCCAUUGUGGAAUACUGCAUAUCACCACAAAGGUGAAGGAAAGGGUGGGAAAAAAAAGGAGAGAAGAAAAAGAUGAAACAAAAAUCAAUCCGGGGAGAAAUUUCACCCUGCCCCAUCCACCUGUACCCAAAGUUCAUAGAACCCAACCCAAGAUAUUAAUCUCACUCUCUUGCUAUGUUCAGUUUCUAAAACAGUAGCCAGGGACAUCAAUAUCUAUUUUUGGAGAAUCUUGGAACAGUCCUUAGAAUGUAUUUGGUUCUACUCCUUCCUCCAUUUAUAUAAUUAGGAACUGAGGCCCAGAACAAUUGUUCUCUCAGUUGGUUAAUCAUGGCAGAGAAUUACUCAAAUGUGCUAAAUCCUAGUUUACUGCUCAUUUAACUCUCUCAUACUUUCAAAAACCCUGUAAAAAAUAUAAACUUCAUAUAGAAAUAUAGUGAAAGUUAUAUUACACUUCCACCCUUAAACUGAGAGGCAUCUCUUACUUAGAUAAUGUGUAUUAUCCCAAACAACAUCUGCUUCAAAGAUGCUUUCUUCUGAUCCAGGAAGCACUUCCUAAUGGAAUCCCAGAUACAUCUCCCAAGGACCCACUUCAGUCUCUAUCCUGAUACCCUUCAUUUUACCUCCUGUAUUCUACAGUUCCCACUAUGAACCAGCACACUCAACCUCAGGGCUCACUACUUUCAGAACCAACAAGGUCAAAAAUCUCAGAAGAAAUGUUGGCCUGAAUGAAGCAGAGCAGAGUUCUUGGAGACAAUUAUUCUACAACAUAAAGAAGUCCAUACUUGCCCACUUUAUUUGGGAAAAACUCAAAUAGUAUGAAAAUCAAAAAAAAUUACAACCAACAUUCAAUUCUAGACCUUAAGUAAACAUUUCCUUCUUCUAGGACAUUACUCUCUAGUAAUUAUUUACUAAAUCAAUCAUUCAUUUACUAAAUAAUGAUUGACCACCUUCUAUGUGUCAAGCAUGGUGCUUGCUGCUGAGAAAUAUCAUCCUGGAGGACAUGAUUCCUGCCUCCUAGAAGCUUUUAGUCUAGUAAGGAGAUAGCAUUUUUGUGUACAGUGAUGGCCUGCUUGUUGUCUGUAAUAAAGAAAACUCCUGGUGUUUGGAAGCCCUCUAUUCAGUCUUAAGAUUUCCCAGACAAGUAUUGUCAGAAUUGAGACAUAAAAAGGUAGAAAGAGUGUUGCUUGAAGAGCAUCCCUCUGAAGAGCUAAAGAUAAGAACAAGCAAGGACCAUGCAGGGAAUUCCAAACAAUUCCAACUGGCCAUAAAGAAGGGGCCCUAGAGAGAGAAUGGGAAAGGAAGGGGCUUCAUUUCUAAAGAUUUCCUGCGGCUCUGCUCUGGUGACAGAUGAGCUGAUUGUGCUACUUGUUUGAGAAGAUCUCCAGAUUGUGCCACCCCUACCCCACAAGGCACACUGCAGACCAUCCACUAUUUAACUGUUUCUCACUGAGCUACAUGGCGAUUUUAACAAAUGCAGGAUUCAGUUUGAAUUAUCUCUUUUCUCUGAGAGAGGACUGCUAUUUGGAUAUAUGUGGCAUCAGAGAUGGUUAACAUCAAGACAGCUGAGAGACUUUGGGGUUGGAAACCAAGGGAUAUCAGCAGAGAUGUGUUUUUAUAAAUGCUUGGGUCAGAACUAAACAGAGAGGAAGAAGGGUUAAGGGAUUCACUCAGAACUGGCUUUUUGCUCGAAGUCUUAACUCCCAGGUCUAUGCUCUGAUCAUUUGGUAUCUGCUGACAUUAGAAAACUAAAAAAACCUAAUUUGAAUCAAUACACAGAGAGCAGGGAGGGGAUGACAGGCAAUUAACUUGAUUCCUCCAUUCUACCUAAUUGUCUGCUCAUCAGCUUAGGAAGGGAGUGAGUUUCCAUGACUACCUUCUGACACAAAGACUCAGUGCAGGUGAAGCUAGCAUCUGCUGUGUUCUGGGGCACACACUGGCAGAGGCGGAAACUAAGAGUUCACACCACGCGCAAGACCUGGGUCCUCUUGUUCCACCCACCCUCACCUGAACUAAUCACCCCAUCUCCAUCAUGUGCAUGGAAUGCCUGCAUAGUUUCCUGGGUACAAGCAGGAGAAGCUAUAAAUCUCUGAGGAUGGCUGCCCCUGGAGAGGGAGCUGGGCUGAACUCAAGGUGUCUCUAACCACCUUGUGGGAAAGACAAGGGAUAGAAAUGUACCAAGGGCUGGAGCUCUAGUGCUCACACAGACAAGUAACCUUGCACGAGUGAUUUAAUCUCUCAGCUGUUGUUUCCUCAUGCAUAAAAUGGAGACCUAAGGCCUGCUCUACCUUAUUACACCAUUUAAAGAUUAGAUAUAAUCACAAAUUAGAAGUUUUCUUUAUCUAUUCCUGUUGCUAUAACAAAAUACCACAGACUGGAUAGUUUAGAAAUAAUAGAAAUUUAUUUUCUCACAGUUUGGGAGGCUGGAAAAUCCAAAAUCAAGGCACCAGCAGACAUAGUCUCUGGCCAAGGCCUGGUUUCUCCUCCUAAAAUAAGUGUCUUGUGACUGACAAGUGCCUCAUCUGAAAGAUGAGACAAAUGCUUUGUCCUCACGUGGCAGAAAGGCAAAAGACUUAGCCAGUCUCCCCUCCCCUAUUUAUAAAGCCCUAAUCCCAUGCAUAAGGGCAGUGCCUUCAUGGCCUAAUUACCUCUUAAAAUUCUCACCUUUUAGUAUUGUUGUACUAGGGAUUAAGUUUCAACAUGAAUUUUGCAGGGGACACAAACAUUUAAACCACAGCAGAAGUGUUUACUCGACUGUAAAGCCCUAAAAAAUAUGUGAUUGCUAUUACAAUUGAUGUUGUUAUUACUUGUCCCCUAAGCAACUGUUGCUAUAAUAUUGAUCUGGCUCAUAGCCCACUCAGAACCUUGUUCUCAAGUUAUAUGGCACAGCCUUUUCAACUUUCUAUGUGAAAAUCAGAUUUUUCUUUUGUCUUCUGUUCUCGAAAUGUGCCCGGGAUUCUUUACUGACUUUGUAGUCUGAUGCUAGAGGAACAGGUGGCAUCUAACAGGGCACCCAUUCCUGCUCACACAGCCACAUUCUCAGUACAUUAUGAUCUAAUACCCAGGUUGAUGAUGGUACACAUCAUCAUGCUGGCCUUGAUUUCUCUGUUUCUCCCCUGAUGAGGAAGUGAGGAGCAGAACAUUUCUAUUCUCCAAAACCGCCUGUCUCUGACCCUCAUGAUGUCUGAGCCUGACUCUUUCCUCACACUCCAUCUAUUCCUGCCUGGGAGAAGUCCCCUAGGUAUGUUGUGUUAGUUUCUUAGGGCUACCAUUACAAGAUACCACAAAUUGGGUGGCUUAACACAAGAGAAACUUAUUGUAUCACAGUUUUGGAAGCCAAAAUCUGAAAUCAAAGUGAGUGCAGGAACAUGAUUUCUUGAAGGCUCUAGGGAAGAAUCUUUCUUUGCCACUUCUUAGGUGCUGGUGGUGGUUGCUGGCAAUCCUUGUUGUUCCUUAGUUCGUGACCAUGUGACUCCAGUCUCUGCUUCUGUCUUCACAUGACAUUCUACCUUGUUAUAAAACUUCCAAUAUGACUCUAUCUUAACUUGAUUACAUCUGCAAAGACUCUGUUUCAUAGGAUCACAUUUAUAGGUUGUGGGGUUUUAGACUAUUUGGGAGGGAUACAAUUGAAACUAUAAAAUAUGGUGAGUGUGGUCUGAAAAUCAAGAGAAUAUGAAACAUGGCUAAUUUGGAAAAAUAUACAAAGUAUUAUGAUUCAGGAUACAGGGUUAGAUUCCAGCCUUCACAUGUAAUUCUUUUAGUAGUCUAGGUUACAUCUAUAAACUUCCUGAAGUUCAACUUUAUUAUUAGUAAAAGUGUCAAGUCUGGAUUUGUAAGGCUUUGA